AUGGCGUCGAACGUUGCUGCGAAAGCUGGUGGUGAGGGUACGGCUGUCAUUCUGGGAGCAUCGGGGGCGGUUGGUAAGCAACUUGUUCACCUCUUGGUUUCCGACUGGUCGCCUUACUCGGCGGUCUACUCUUUCGCUCGUCGACCGCACCCCUCGCCGCCGGCGGUGUCUCCCAAUGUAACGUUCCAAGAGAUCCUCGUUGACUUUGAUGCGCUCCAUUCUGGGUCUACGACCGAGUCUUCGAAAUUGUCAUCCAUCCCACCCGCUUCUGCCGUGUUUGUGACAAUGGGCACUACGCGUGCGGCCGCCGGAUCGAUGCAGGCGUUCGAAAAGAUCGAUCGCGGUUACGUCAUCUCGGCCGCUCGAGCUCUACGCAAACCGGACUUGUCGCAAACCAUAAUCUACUGCUCCAGCAGCGGAGGCUCCAGUAGCAGCAUGUUUCCCUACCUCAAGAGCAAAGGUUUGACCGAAGAAGCGUUGGCCGAUCUGUACCCCGAGGCGAUCAUCAUGAAACCUGGCUAUCUGGCCAACGCGCAAAGGGAGGAGACGAGGAUUGUCGAGAGAUUGUCAGCACCCGUCUUCGACUUGCUGGCCAAGGUAUCGGAUAGCAUUCGUGCCCCCGUGGACCAGGUGGCAAAAGCCAUGGUGCAGGCGGCUCAGCUGGGCGUAGACGAGUUGAGGGCCAAGGCAUUCGGCACAGACCCAGGCGAGUCGUUCAACCUCGAAAACGGCAAGACUAGGGAUCGUGUGGCUGUGGUGGGUAACGCCAGUAUACUCAAGCUGGCCAAGCAGUAG